GGACACACACACUCACAUCCAUGACACACACACACAAAGCAGUGAAGGCUAUGGUUGGUGAGGACGCACGCGGACCUCCAGUGAGCUCGUUCUCCCACAGUGACUGACUGACCUGCAGCUGGGUGUGUGUGACUGUGUGUGUAAGUCUCUGGUAGUUCACAGAGGAUGUCUGUGAACGAGGUAUACGUGUUCCGGCCCUUCAAGCUCAUCGCGUUGCUGUGCGUCUUCCUGGCGCUGUGCUUGGACGUGGUGGCUCUGCUGAGUCCAUCCUGGGUCACCGCGGACCACUUCUCUCUGUCUCUGUGGGAGUCCUGCUCCCAGUCCGAGGCUCGCGAUCCGACAGAGGAGGCUCAGUGGAGCUGCUUCUCCAUCCUCACAUCUGACUGGCAGAUUGCCACUCUGGUGCUUCUGGUGGCCGGUGCCGUGGCAACUCUCCUGGCCUUUCUGGUGGCCCUGAUUUCCCUCUGCCGGGGGACACAGAGACGGCACUACCGCACCGUGGCUGUGUUCCUCUUCACUGCAGUGGUUCUGCAGGCCUGCGCUCUGGUUCUCUACCCGAUCAAGUUCAUCGACGGAACGGUUCUUCAGACCUAUCACGAGUUCAACUGGGGCUACGGGCUCGGCUGGGGCGCCACCAUCUUCAUGUUGGGCGGAGGGAUCCUCUUCUGCCUGCGGACGGAUGUAUACGAGGACACCAUGUACUGAGUCCUUUUAUCAACCCCCCCCCACCCGCCACUGGAAACACACACAUAAACACACACACACACACAGAGUUCCCAUACAGGAGGUGUGCUACUUUUCUCCACUCUGCACACAGCUAAUGUGAGCACAGACCCCGUCUCUCUCUUUCUCUUGCUCUCUCUGGUAUUUUUAGACAGGUUGUAAAGGCCUAAUUUAGGCCAGGACUGAACGAAUGAACAGGACCCCCGCCUCCCCUCCUCCCACGCAGGUCCCUCGGCCCUGUCGGUAUCAGGGAUGAGGUGGCAGCGCUAAAGCACAGAGAGCUUUCUGGACAGGCACGAGCCUCCGAUGCUGGACGUUUCCACCGCACGUUGACCUGGAUCUCUAUUGUUAGAGAAGCGGCACAGUAGAUCCUAUAAGCACAGACCUGAAUGUGCAGUGACUGAACAUUUUAAAGGGACUGACGUAUCUCCACAUUUCCUUUUUUAUUCUUUUUGUAGCAUUUCAUGAAGCUUUUUGUUAAUGUAUUUAUGGCAUCCACUUUAUAAAUAUUGGAAACUUCCCCCUCCUUGUGUUCUAUAUGAAACAUAUCUAGUAACGCUAAGCCUUCUGAUAUUAGAAGUGUAAAUUAAACCGCUCUGAUAUAUGCUAGAGCUUUCGAGUGUUUAUAGGUUGUUUGCAAACUCACACUAGUUUGUUUCAAAUGUAAAUGUGUACAAAGUAUUUCUACAUGAAGGGAAAUCCAGAAUAAACAAUUGUAGUUUUGGGAGUA